UAAAACUAAAUUGUAUCACGACUUAGUGAUAAGACCCUGUGUAUUCUGUCAAGGUUGUCGUCUGUCUCCGCCACGACUCAUGGCUGCCAUGCUGUUUCCUCUUCUCGUCUGUGUGUUUGGUGGCACACACGGUCUUAUCUUCACUAAUUCCAAGUGCUACGGAAAGUAUGGUUGCUUCAGCAACGCAAGCCCGUACAACAAUGCCAAACGCUUCCUCCCAGAAUCCCCGGAAUCUCAGGGCAUACAAUUCCUGCUGUACACAAGGACGAACAAAGGACAAGCCCAAAUCCUGAAAGAAGCCGAUUCCAACAGCGUACAUCAGUCACACUACAACCACGCACAUCCCACCAAGAUGAUCACACAUGGAUAUACAGACAACGGACGCGCUGAUUGGAUCAAGAAAAUGACUCAAGAAUUACUGACAAACGCAGACUGUAACGUCAUCGCCGUAAACUGGGAGAAGGGGGCUGCUAAAACCAACUACCUUCAGGCUGCUGCCAACACCAGGGUCGUCGGCGCCGUCAUUGCCGACAUGAUCAAGACCCUUCAUUCUGCAGGAGCUGCCUACUCCAACUUCCACCUCAUCGGUCACAGCCUCGGUUCCCACAUCAGCGGCUACGCCGGCGAGAUCGUUCAUGGUCUUGGCAGGAUCACAGGUUUGGAUCCGGCUGGGCCCUCCUUUGAGAACUAUGACCCUCGCACCCGCCUCGAUCCAUCAGACGCCAACUUUGUUGACGCCAUUCACACAGAUGGAGAGUCGUUGUUAAAACUUGGUUUCGGCCUCAUAAAGGCUAUUGGAGAUGCUGACUUCUACCCCAAUGGCGGACUCAACCAGCCCGGCUGCCCCGCCAACACCGGUAACCACAUCUUCAGCUUCGUCACGGGGGGCAUGUCAAAGCUGAAGGAUGGCGCCUCCUGCAGUCACAGCCGUGUGCUUGACUUCUUCACAUCCUCCAUCAAUAACCACUGCAGCUACAACGCAUUCCCCUGCACACAACAGAACUACGAACAAGGCCACUGCACGUCAUGCGGCAGCCAUGGCUGUAGUCACAUGGGGUACCACGCCUCGCCGUCAAAACACGGCUCCUUCUUUCUGAAGACGUCAGCCAAUGGACCCUACUAUUGCUGAACAUUAGAGAUGUAAAACUGGCUGGAGAAAGGAUUCUAUUUGUUUAGAAAAAAUGUCGAAUAAAAUAUACCUCGGUA